GUAUUAUUUUCUUUUCCGUUCUCUUCUUACCUCUCUCCUUUUCUUUCUUCUCGAACCGCACAUCAUGAAGACCUCAACUAUUGUUGCGGCUACCGUCGGCACUAUUGCUGUCGCUACUAUCGGCUAUGCCAUUUAUUUUGACCAGAAGCGUAGAAAUGACCCCGAUUUUCGUCGCAAGUUGAAGAAGGAGAAGAAGCGUGCUUUGAAGCAGCAGAAGGAAGAAGAAAAAAAGAAGGUCACUAAGACUGCCAAGACCGUUGAGGAGGCGUUAGCAAGUAUCAAGGAGGAUGAAUUCCCUACAUCGAUGGAGGCGCGUGAGAAGUUCUGCAUGGAACAGCUUUCCACCGGUGAAGCACAUUUUACUCGAGGUCCUGAGGGCUACGACACGGCUGCCAUUUGUUUCUACAAGGCAUUGAAAGUCUACCCUGCUCCUGCAGAGUUGGUCAUGGUUUACCAGAAGACAAUUCCUCCGGAAGUCUUCACAUUGGUUAUGGGCAUGUUGAGCAUGGAUGUUCACAAGAAACAAGAGAAGUAUUAUACCAUCUUCCCACCCAAGGAGAUGAAUGUGAAAGUUGAUGAGCUGCCUGAAGGUAUUACAGCUGAGGGACAGAAGGUUGUUCGUCGCGGAUUGUUCGUCACCAAAGACUUUGCUGCUGGAGAAACCAUCUACUCUGAAACUCCUAUCAUAAGCUCAUUGGAGCCGUCUUUGGAAGGCAAAGAGUUCUGUCACUACUGUUUGAAACAGAUAGCUGCUGAAGACAGAGUUCGCUGUGCUACCUGUAGCAAGGUUGUCUACUGCUCUGAAACCUGCCAGAAGACGGCCACGACAGAAUUCCAUGCUGUUCUUUGCACCAAAGAUUCUGAAGAUGCUUCGACCCCAGAGCGCGCACUUUAUGACUAUACCAAGGAGACUAACAACAAGUAUCCCGAGAUGAUUGCCAAAUUUUUGGUUCGUAUGGUCCACGAAGAGACUUUGAACAGUGGCGAGGAGUACAACCUUUUCGAUCACAUCGAGCGUUUGCGCUUCUUGGAAGUCCGCCCUUCGGCAGCAGAGGAGAAAGAAAUAUCUCUUUUGAAGGUCGCUCUUGGAUCGAAAAUCCCCGGAAUCGAGGAGUUUAUUAAUGAGGAGCGUUAUUUGACCUUGAAGGGUAAAUUGCUCUAUAAUGCCUAUGGUAUCUCCACUUCAUUGGAUGCAGAUCGAUCUGUAGAGCCUUCCCCUGAACAAUACCGCAGUGUGCACGAUGCUCCUGUUGUCGGUGCUGGAUUCUACAGAGUUACAUCCUACGUGUCGCAUUCAUGUGAUCCGAAUGCAAAGAUUGUCUUCUUGGAACAUAAUAAUAACAUGUCAGUUGUUGCAAGCAAGGAUAUCAAGGCUGGUGAGGAACUCCAUGUUGGCUUUAUUGAUCAGAAGAAUGGCACCCUUUCAACGGAGCAGCGACGUCAAGAGCUUUUCCAACACUAUCGUUUCAAGUGCAUGUGUCCCCUCUGCGAAUCCUCCCAAUAAAAAUGAAAGGAGAGCUGUACCAUAUUUAUUUCGGGUCAUUUUUAGCAUUAUCGCUAAUUUCUUUUCUUAUUGAAUCGAUUAAAGGCGACUUUUUACACGGA